AUGGGCAGUAUUACAGUCGGGGUUCUCGCCUUGCAAGGCGCAUUCAUUGAGCAUGUCCAGCUGCUGAAAAUCGCGGCGGAACAAGGCUCUUCUGCUUCGCAAUGGGAGUUUAUCGAGGUGCGAACCCCGCAGGAACUGGAGAGAUGCGAUGCACUUAUCCUGCCCGGUGGCGAGAGUACGACAAUUUCUCUUGUCGCAGCCAGAUCUAAUAUGUUGGAGCCAUUGCGGGACUUUGUUAAGGUCCACCGCAAACCAACAUGGGGCACCUGUGCCGGUCUCAUUUUACUCGCCGAAUCUGCCAAUAAAACCAAGAAAGGUGGCCAGGAGCUUAUCGGAGGUCUGGAUGUCCGGGUGAACAGGAACCAUUUUGGUCGUCAAGCCGAAAGUUUUCAGGCACCGUUGGAUUUGCCGUUCUUGGGGUCAUCGGAGGACACUGGCUUCCCCGCCGUAUUUAUCCGGGCACCUGUGGUGGAGAAGAUUCUACCCAACCAGGAAGGUGUCCAGAUUGACGAGAUUCAAAGAGACGAGACAGUCGUGGCCCCAUCCAGACAAGCGAAGGACCAGGCAGCCCGGGAAGCCAUGGCAGACCAAGUGGAGGUGUUGGCGAGUCUCCCAGGGAGGGCUGCUCGGCUAGCCAGCGAGGGACGAAACAUCGAUGCGGACAAAGAAACCGGAGAUAUCAUUGCUGUCAGACAAGGCAAUGUUUUCGGAACCAGCUUCCACCCCGAAUUGACAGGCGAUGCUAGAAUCCAUUCGUGGUGGUUGCACCAGGUAGAGGAGGCCAAGAAGCAAAGAAGCAAAGCAGAGCAAUGA